CGCGGGCCGGAUUUGGGCCGCGGGCCGUAGUUUUCCGACCCCUGAUCUAAUGGUACCAUCGAGAACAAAUGGAAGUUUUUUUUUAUUAUUUAGCUUAGAAGCAUCGCAGAAAUUCCUCAGGCUUUUUAAUUUUGCCGAUUUUUAUAGGGUAAUCGCAAUAUUUAUUCAAAUUUGAGAAUUUUAAUUAGUCUUGAACUUUAUCUUUCAUGCGUUGUGAAACAUGUCGAAAGGAUAUCAGGUUUCAAAGUUUCAUACCUCAUACGGGAUGCCGAAUCCAUAGAACCGGUUUUCACCGUCUGAUGACGUACUCGGGAAUGCCGGCAAACCUUGUUGUCUCUAGAAAGUUGCUAUUAAAGAAAAAUAAGUUUUUUUACAACAACAAUAACAUCGAGAAGAAAACUAUAGAUCUAUAUGACCACUUCGUUUCCAUUAAAAAAUAAUUCCCACUGUACACAAAUACUAUCGAACAUUAAGGGAAUAGUAGGGGAAACUACCACAAUAUAUAAUAACCAAAAGUCGUGAUGAGUGAGAGCAAUCUUCGAUUCAGAAUUUAUUUUCGUUUAUAUUCUCAAUGAUGUAAUUUGCUUUCAUUAAAAAUUCUUUUGAAACUUUUUCGGUCUUGAGGGAAAGACUUCGAAUUCACCGCUGAGGACAACACCAAUACAAAAAUUUUAUGCAAGUAACAAAGUACGGUGGCAUCGUGCUAAUUUUCAAAUUUUUUGAAGUUUGAAUUUGGCCAAUUUUGUGAAAAUUGAAGAAUUUGGUAAGGUAAUCGAAUUAUUACAAACUUUUAUGGUCCCGACGGCAAGAGUCUGAAUUCAAAUAGAAGGCUAAUUUGAAAACGUAUCGAAAUUAAAAAUUGUUUUGACAUAGUUUGAUUUUUCAUGCUUGUUAGGUUGGAAUAUUGACAAUUUUGUAAAAAUUAAAAAUUUUGGUAAGAUAAUCGAAUUACUACCAUAAAAUUCGAAUAACUUAAAAGUGCAAAAACUUUCAACUUGACAAGAACAACUUAUCAUCGCAUCUUGAUACAAUUUGAUAACACGUUAAAAUGUCUGUAGGGAGAUGCUGAAUUGUACUGCACAUCUUGGCUGCAUAUUUUCGUCAUUUACAACCCAGGACUUCAAAAUCGCACAAUGGUGCCUGGUUUUGUAAAUUUGUUUUCUCACCUGUACAGUGGUCUUUGGUUCUGAACUAAUUUGAUGUAUGAAUACGGUUGCCAACCGUCGUUUAUUUUGAAGGACAUUUUAGCAUCGCUUCAAGAGCCACAAAACAUUCAAAUAUAGGAAAAUACACUACAAUGAUAAUUGCGAACUCACUUUAAAUGUAUUCUCAUUUACGCGCAAAUAUUAUGCAUGAAACCGAAUAAAUUGGCGUUGGGUUUUACCUAUAUUGUGUCGCAUUUCUUCCAAAUAAGAUUUUUCUCUUUGCAUCUCACUCCGGUUCGUAUGCGGUCGCUUCAAAUAAUUUGUAUUCGUUUACAAACUUCACAAAAUUUCAUCCAUGCGACAAUCCCUAUAUGUCGAACGCGAACCAAUCGCAUAUGAGAUAUAUGUGUGCAAAGCGGGAUACGGAUGAAUGAUUAACAAAUACCGCAACAGUGUGCCCUCGCAUACUGUUUUUCUUUGCAUACACUAUAUCUGAAAUGGUAUAAUCUUGAAUUUAAGUACAAACGGUUAAAAAGCAUUGGUGAACACUUUAAUCGAUCAGAUUCAUCUAAAAAUAACAAUAUCAAUUGCAACGUUAUUAUAAUCUGUAACGGCGCUCUCACUUUCUUUUUUGUUAAAGGGGCAAAAAGUUAAAAAUUAGGAAUAGGUCACUUAUUACCUUGCGUGAACGCGACGAAGCGCGUGAGACUUCCAAACAAACAGUUCAUCGCGGUAUGGAAUUAUUCUAUCAGAAGAUUUCAAAAGUAGAAACGGAUGUGGAAGUAUCCAUUCACCGUUAUAUCAAUUAGUUUACAGAAAAUUAAGAUGAAUUAUUCUAUCUUUCCAGUUGUAACACGUGAUGAAAUUGUUAGUAUAUAUUUUGUUUUUAUCUCCAUAUAGCAUCGGCUUUAAAUUAUUGAGUUUUUAUAGGAUUUAUACGCAGAAUUAUUUUCGGUAAAAUUUCUACGAGCUAUUGCUACCAAUGGAAAACAAGGCUUCGCUGGUUUUAGAAAAGUGCAAUAUCGUAUUUGAACACAAUGACGAAGAAGGCUUAAUGGAGGCGUAUAAUACAUGGGCCGCAAAAUACGAUACCGAUAUGGAAGUUGUAAAUUAUAGCGCUCCAAUCCAAACUGUGCGAAUUGCGCUAAAAUAUUUGAGUUGUGAUGAGUCCGUAAAAUUGCUAGACGUUGCUUGUGGCACUGGAUUCGUCGGAACAUUAUUGCGAAACAAAGCCUUCAAGGGACUACUUCAUGGAAUUGAUGGCAGUCAAGAAAUGCUUGAGCUUGCGCGGCAAAAGAAGAUAUACGAUGAAUUAUUUACCCAAUUUUUAUCACCCGGAAAGCCAAUUAUGGCAAGUCGGGGCCUAAAAUAUGAUGCAAUACUAUGUGCUGGAGGGAUAACCAAGAACCAUCUGGAUCCUGAGCUCUUGAUAGAUUUCUUGGAUGUUUUGACAUCAGGGGGAAUAAUGGUGUUUGCUUUAACUAAAGGUAAAUACAAUGUCGAAGUGGAAAAAGUCGUUGAUGAGGUCUUAAAAUCUCUGAUUAUUUCUGGAAGAAUUGAAGAACUUGAAGUGUAUGUGAAUGAGGAUACAUUUAAAGCAGGUGAAGAUGCUGUACCAGAGAAUUUCAAGAAAGACGAUUCGUCUUCAACUUUUCCCUGUUGUAUUUAUUGUUACAAAAAAAAUGAUUGACCACAGGACAGUACUUGCAUGUGUGUCAGUAUUUGGUACAAUUUCAUUGUGUUAUGUAAUUGUUUUGUGUUCAUGCAUUGCUACAAAUAAAUUAUAUGCAAGGAAUGCCCAACAUGUAUCUAUGUGUUGCCGAUGUUAGUAUUAGUUUGUGAAUAAAUGCUUUUCGCCGUAUUAAUAGAUCGAAUCACAUUUUUUGGAAGUAGAAUGAGUAGCGGGAGUGCUUUUCAUUUUGUUUUAUUUUAUUUCUGAGCUCCAGGAAGUCCAAUAAUUCACCCGAAAUGUUUCUAGUUUUUCAAAAAUAAUGGGAUCGCGUUUAUGACAUUUUAUUAGCACAAUUUAUUUUUUCUGAAAUGAUUAUGACAUCGCAGCAGUCAUUGAACUUUUGUGUCCAUUUAUUUGAGAAUUUCUUUCUGUACCUACAGAUCUACUAUUUUACCAUAGAGUUUGAUCUAUAGGGUUCUUAUUGUACACAACAGUUUCUUCAUGUGUUAGAAAUAUACUGAACGAAAGACCCUA